AACGACUUUGACAAAUUACAAAAAAUCGAAUCGUUGAACAGAACGGACGGAGUGCGUUGCUGUGCGUGUGCGCUUUUUUCGCUAAUCUUUCGCUUGGCUUUCGAUUGCACUGCUGAAAAACCGUGAACUCACCGCGAAUAAAGUGUGAGCAUUGGAUUAUUGUACGAAUUAAGUUAUCCGAGACCUCGCUACCCGUUUGCAAAUUGCUGCAGCAAUAUUCAGUUCAGUGAACAAGUCCGCGCGUCGUCUUCCGUGUGUGUGUGUGAGCGUGUGUGCCUGUGUGUGCAAUUGUCGUCUGUCUUUCCCGUGCUCUGUUACCGGUUUUUUUUUGUCUUCUGUUGGCGUUCGUGCAGGAAUCGAGCGGAAAUCCGUUAACACAAAGAGAGAAAAAGCGAAAUAGAAUUGAAACAAAAAAUGUCACUGCAAGUUUCGAACCAAACCACAUCCGGACGUCGUACGCCGCAGGUGUACCAGGGAUUCGGCAACAUGCCCGCCGGUGCGACGACGACACCGACCGCCACUAACGGCAGCGGUACGACCGGCGCCGGCGGAUCGGUUGGCCGGGCGGCAAAGGGUGGCGGCGCUAAGCAAUCACAGAUACCGGUCGCGAUCGGUAGCGGCGGUGGUUUCGGUACACCUGGCAGCGAUGGAACAGUACCACAGACGGCCGUGGUAUAUCCUGGCACUGCUGGGGCUACCGAUGGGUCGUCCGGGCAGAAGCAGGUCCAGUCGGACCAUAUGUAUGGCAUGAAGCAGCAGCAGCAGCAGCCAGCCGCUUCAGCAAACAACGCUACGAACCGGUCCGCCACAAACGGUUCCCAGCUGGCCGCAAGCGUCGAGAAGAAUGGAACCUCGCAACGGAAAAACUCCACCGGGGAGGGCGGUACCAAGAAGACAGAAAUGGCAGCAGCAUCGCAGCAACAGCAGCAGCAGCCUUCAGUUCCAGCUGCCGAAGGCACUGCAAAGGUACGCGACAGCCCUCGAUCAAGUGGUCGCGCACAGCAGAAACAAACGGUAGAAGAAGCGGCACCGGCCAACAAAACGAUGGAAACGCAGCAGCAACCGAAAUCGGAAAAGACUACCAAUCUGGAAAGCUCGCUGCUGACGGAGAAAACCCUCAAAGGAUUCUGUUCCGAUGGUGAGGAGAUGGAAUCGCUGCUGCUGGAACCGUGGGAUAUGGAGGAGGGUUCCGCCACGCCAUCCCGCUCGAGCGCCGCCAAGUCGAAGAUGCCGAAAGCUGCCCCACAAGCGCAGGCCCGUGUCAGCCCGUUCAAGGCGAGCGGAAAGACACAGCCGAAACCGAGCGGCGGCACCGCUACUGCCGAGCCGGAACAAACGGCUGGCUCGCCGAACAAGAAGACCGCUGCGGCUGCUGCUGCUGGCGAUGAGUCGGAGAAGAAUCGCUCGCCGAAAGUGGAUGCACCAUCGACACCGACCGCUGGCGAAUCGCUCAUUGGGCGACCGCUCCGUUCCAUCUCCGGUCGCCGGUCGACGCGCCCGAUCAGCGACAUCAAGUUCACGCAUCCGCGUCGCUCGACCGCCGACCCGCACAACGAUUCCAUCUCCAGCAUGAACGUAACGGUCGGCUCGGAAAUUGGCAGCGACAGCAUGCUGCUUCGUACGCCGGGAUCGGCCACCCGCAAGCGCAAGGACAUGACGCCCGAAUCGACCUCGGACGAGCCGGUCAUCGACAGCCCGAAGCGCGCUCGGCUCGAUUUCAGCGGCUUCCUCGGCAUGGUGGCCACCCCGGUGACGAUGCUGAAGAACCGGCUGUCGCGCGUCAAGCUGCAAAGUACACCCCGCGCACUGGCCGUCGACGAGGAGGACGCGUCGAAGGUGGUCACCGCUGAGGCUACCACCACCACGGCCAGCGUCACGCCCCAGAAGGAAGCGGAUGGUGCCGGCGCGAUGGACGUUGACGUUGUUGCUGGCAAGGGAGCGGAAAAGAGCGACGAUGCCACGGCGCCAGUUGCUGACGGCCAGAAGGAGGGCGCCGAGGGACAGCAGCAGCAGCAGCAGCAGCAGGAAUCUUCCUCCUCCGUCGCCGAAGAUGAUGAGGUCGAGGUGAAGAUCGUCACCGAUCAGCCGCAGCAGCCGAAACAGUGGUGUAGUAUUAUGUAAGGCGACAACAGUAGCGCACGGACAUAAUCCAUCGGAACAUCGGCACAGCACACCACGUGGUCGGGCGGCGAUUCCCUUUGCGGGAGAUAAACCCCGCCCAGCACGCACCUCCUCCCUCGCAAUGAAUCCCUCUCUCUCACCGUGUUUCUCGGUUCGGGAUGGUUGGUGUGUGUCGCAUUUGUAUUUGUUGUGUCUUCUGUGUGUCCCUCUCCCACCUCUCAAUCCCAAUCCUCUAUUUCCCGGAUUUUAAUGGCAAAGUUCGCGCGUAAAGAAGAACAUACAUCCGGUAACAAUAAUCACAUUUACACCGCAGAGAGAAAGAGGGGUUUGUCACAAAACUGCUGCUAACGGUUUGCUGUUUAUCAACAUAUUCUUUUAUUUACAUGUAGAAGUAGCAUGUAUAUUUUUUUCAACUAGCUGUUUGUUUUCACUACAUUAAUUUGUUAGGGAGAGGAGUAUCAUUCAACAAAGGAGGAGGCAAAGAUUGUCAAAAGAAUAGGAGCAAGGGGCCGCCGUCGAUUCAGUUGCUCGUGAUUUCUUGCUACUGCAAACUCGUAACAUUGCUGAUAGAGAGAUAGAUCUCUACUCGUAAAGGAGAAGUUUCGUUGCGUUAGCUCACAGUGUUUUGGUAAACAUUCUUAUUUUGAGAAAAACGGAAAAAGAAACAACAAAAAAUAUUGAAAGAGCAAUUAGCGCGUAAAAAAAACAGCAUUUGAAGGAAUUAGCUAUCAAAACAAAUCAUACACACGAUGUUUGCAAAAAUAAUAUUGGUACAAAGGGAUUGGGACACACUGGUUCAACGAUGAAAUACGAUGAUAAUUAGAUGCUAUGUAUGUGUAUACAUGUUCUUCGGCGGCUCAGAGAAUCAUAAAACAGGAACCAGAAAUAUUUUAGGAAGGCGCGUAGGUGUAGUAGCAGAUAAGAGAGAAAACGAUUUUGCGUUUUUGUUUUAUCAGAUAAACAGCAAUGCAUGCAAACUUGUGGCAGUAGACAAAAAAAACCCCCCGCCCAAAAAAUACAACCGAAUGCUCAAAAUAAACGAAACCUUAUAGCGUAA